AUGCCGGCACUCCUCAAGCGGCUCUUCAAAAAGCCCCGUAUCGAGACCUAUGGACUGGACCAUGCCGUUCUUAACAUCCAGCUACCGCCACAAACCAUGUGGAUGAAUAUGGGCUACUGGGAAUCCACCUCCGAUUUUCCCGAAGCUUGUCAAGCCUUGCUUCACCAAGUCUUAUCAGCUGGCCUCUUGCAAUCCAACUCCCAAUGCCUAAGGGUGCUGGAUGUUGGAUGCGGCUGCGGCGACCAGUCCCUAUACCUCACCAGUCUCCACAGGAAUGGAUCCUCAUCCACCGAGGAAUCAGCGUCAUCCUCAGCCUUGGAAGCUUCUCCUGCUUUUUCUACUCCGCAGGCCCGCCUACAACACGCCCAUCCUCAUCCAUUAUUAAUAGAUACCUAUAUCGGUAUCACCUUAGAGCCGACACAGGCAGGCUUAGCCAAGUCUCGCGUACAAGAUGCACGGCGCAAGCAAAAUCAAACCCAACCCCAAACUCAUACCCAAAACAACAAUGGCCUGGAUCUUUCCCCGGCAAAAAUAUUCUGCGCCGAUGCAGCUAACCCCGCGACUUGGCUUGGAGACCUACAAACCUCCAUCAGCGACCUAGCCAACACCGCACAACAGCCCAGCACGGAAACAUGGCUCCUGGCGCUCGACACAAUGUACCACUUCCGGCCAUCGCGUCGGCCCAUUCUGCAAUUCGCGCACGAUACACUCCACGCCUCGUAUAUGGGCUUUGAUCUUAUUCUCGCCGACAAUGUUUCAUGGUGGCAACUCUUUCUCUUACGAAUCAUCUGCUGGGCUCUUGGGGCGCCGUUUGCAAAUUUUUUGACCAAGGAUCAAUAUAAGCUUCUUCUUCGUGACGUGGGCUAUCGGGCUUCGGAGAUUAAGAUGACGGAUGUCUCUGCUCAUGUCUUUGAUGGGUUGGCGGGGUUUUUGGGGAGGAGGGUCGGAGAGGCCGAGCCGUUUGGGUUGAGGGUUGGGAAGUAUCGGGGGGCGAGGCUGGUUUUUGACUGGUGGGCGAGGAGUGGGAUUGUUAGGGGGUAUGUGGUUGUUGCGAGGAGAUCGUGA